AUGAGCGAUCAAGACACGGCUGGUGGCGCGGACCAGGGAGCUGCCAUUAAUUCCAUCGGCCAGUUUUCUUUCGCUCCUGCCACGAGAACUACUGUCGUGACCACCACGACGACCACGACGACCACCUUUCCCCCGUUGUGUAUCAACCCGCCCCGCGCUACGCGAGAUCUCGAUCCCAAGCUUUAUCCCCUUGCAUCGUCGCCCACUCCAUCGUCGCUGAGGAACGUCAAAUUCGAUCUGGGAGGGAAGUCAGUCGUCUUCAAUGAACCCGAGGAUACCACAGCAACCCUCACCGAGCUGAAUGAAAAGAACGACGCGUUAAAAGCCUCCAACGGUCUGGUUCGAUCAGUAACUUCAUUUAGCUCCGACGACACGCAGUUACCACGCCGUUUCGCUCCUUCGAAAGUAUCGAAUCAGCCAUCUCGUCCCUCGAUCUCCAAGCGCCGUCCGUUAUCCAUCCCAGAAACCCACCAAGGCUCCUUGCGCCCCCCUGCCAACAGAGUUCCGUCGGAUCCAUCGGUGCGUUCCGUUCGUUCACAUGGCUCUACCCCAAACUAUCCCAUAGCAGCCGGUCUGGCGACACCGGAAACGGAGCCCAAUGCAUACGGUGCUGGUGAGGUCGUAGCUUCUCGGAGAAGGAUCCACAGUGCCAACAUCCCUCGCCGUGAAACACUACUCCGAUCUCCUCUUUCGUCCGAAGUUGAGUCCCGGGAAAAUUCACAAGCAUCCAACCCAAAGAGAGAGCUGCGCACUAGGACUGUUGUCUCCGAGCGAAAUAAACGCCUGGGACGCUCAGAGGAAAGUGUCGGUAAGCUGCCAGACACGACGGCAGAAGAGGAGCAGGGCACGGCGGAUACCAGCCAGGACACGACUUAUGAUGAUGCAUCGGAAGAAGUUUCCCAGCACUUGCCUGCGGGGUCCCUUUCUCAAGUCCCUAACAUUGGAAAUGUCGCAGCCCAGGACAUGUGCUUGCCUAGCCCUAGUCUCUCCCCGGUCGCCGCUAUGAACGCGUUGAACCCCGACUCUUCCUUUGAUUCGGCCGAAGAAGAGCCCGAAAUGGAUACGGAUUCAAGUUUUGAUAGCGAGGCCCGCUACAUGGGGUCCCUGCGCCUGGAAGACGCCAAAACAAACGAGUCUUUAAAGGAUACCGACUUAGCCACGAGUUCCAACCUCCCACGACCAUCGUCGUUGAUGGAUAUUCCCAAUGUGCUGGACUUCUUCGAUUCGGUUCCAGAGGGCAUGAAGACAUACCUCAUGUACCAACUCUUGAGACGCUGCCCUAAGCCAACUCUGCAUUUUGUGGCCGACGUUGUCAACCCAGCUUUGAAAUGUGACUUCUUGGCACUCCUGCCUCUUGAGUUGGUGCUCAAUGUCGUUAAAUAUUUCGACGCCGUCACCAUGUGUCGCGCGGCACAGGUGUCCAAGAAGUGGAGACAUGUCAUUAAUUCCGAUGAGAAGAGCUGGAAGGAGCUCUUCGACCGAGAUGGGUAUGUUCUCCCUGAAGGAGAGCUCGAGCGUGCUAUCCGGGAGGGCUGGGGAUGGCAAUUCCCCAACGGGACUGAGGACUGCGAAAAGGACCUCAGCGUCUCCACUUAUGUCAAACCCGACCCCGAGUCUGGUUCGCCGUCCAGUUUGCCCCUUCUUGCCGGGCCCAGUGAUAGGGCGUCGUCAUCCCAUCGUCGGCCAAAGAGAAAGGCCUGCACACGUGUCUCCUCGCGAAAACUCGCCAAACGAAAGAUCUCCUCCAGUGGCACCGACCACUCGGAGUCAGCUGACUGGCGAAGGGAAAUCUCUGCUGCCGAAGGCCCCUACGCCGCAGCAAACGCCGCCGCCGCUGCCGUUCCAUAUCCUGAUAUCGGUCUGCCGUCCCUCCAAGGUCUUCAUCUCUACAAAUCUCUCUACCAGCGCCAUCACUCGAUUCACAAAGCCUGGAUGACUCCUAGCGUCAAACCAAGACAUAUUGCGUUCCGUGCCCACGAUCGCCAUGUAGUCACGUGCCUUCAGUUUGACACCGAAAAAGUGCUGACCGGUAGCGACGAUACCAACAUCAAUGUGUACGAUACAAAGACCGGUGUACUAAGGGCAACUCUCGAGGGUCACGAGGGUGGCGUCUGGGCUCUUGAGUACCAUGGCAACACUCUUGUUUCUGGCUCGACCGACAGGUCGGUUCGAGUCUGGGAUAUUGAACGGGCCAGGUGCACUCAGAUCUUCCAUGGUCAUACUUCUACGGUCCGAUGCCUUCAAAUCGUUUUGCCAGUGGAGGUGGGCAAGAAGGCGAACGGCGCCCCUGAAAUGAUGCCCAAGGAGCCGUUGAUCAUCACCGGUUCCCGAGAUUCAAACCUGCGGGUAUGGAAGCUCCCCAAACCCGGCGAUCCGGGGUAUUACCAGAGUGGGCCUCAUGUCGAUGAUACCGAUUGCCCGUAUUUUGUCCGCGUUUUGACCGGUCACCAACAUUCGGUUCGUGCGAUCGCAGCCCAUGGUGACACCCUCGUCAGUGGAAGCUAUGACUGUACCGUACGAGUAUGGAAGAUUUCUACCGGAGAAACGGUGCACAGGCUCCAAGGUCAUACCCUCAAGGUUUACAGCGUCGUUCUGGACCACAAGAGGAACCGGUGUAUCAGCGGAUCCAUGGACAACAUGGUAAAAGUAUGGUCUUUGGAGACUGGAUCUGUCUUGUAUAACCUUGAGGGUCAUACUUCCUUGGUCGGGCUCUUGGACUUGAAAUCCGAUCGUCUAGUCUCCGCGGCUGCCGACUCCACCCUUAGAAUUUGGGAUCCGGAGACCGGUCAAUGCAAAAACAUGCUGAGUGCCCAUACUGGCGCCAUCACGUGUUUCCAGCAUGACGGCCAGAAAGUUGUUUCAGGAUCUGACCGAACGUUGAAGAUGUGGGAUGUUCGAACCGGCGAAUGCGUUCGGGAUCUUCUCACCGAUCUCAGCGGAGUCUGGCAGGUCAAAUUCAAUGACAGAAAAUGUGUCGCUGCAGUCCAGCGUGAUAGUAUGACUUAUAUCGAGGUUCUUGACUUUGGUGCUUCUCGAGAUGGAGUACCCGAAGAUCAAUUAGGGAGACGCAUAGUCGUCAACCGCUGGGGCCACGAAGUCAGCGAUGCCGACGAGGAUUACGACUUAUCCGAUGCCUGA